AUGAUAAUGAUCUCGUCGUUGGGUGGGUUGACAGUGGCCGUAGUGAUAAAGUAUGCGGAUAACAUCCUGAAAGCAUUCGCGACAUCGAUCGCCAUCGUUGUGGCGUGCAUCGCGUCUGCUGCCUUCUUCGGAUUCAGACCAACGAUUAUGUUCGUCGGUGGUGCUGCGCUUGUGAUCGGUGCCGUCUUCCUGUAUUCGUUAUUCCCCUACAAGAAACGAUAUAAACCUACCCCUACCGAACCACCCGUUGACGAUGGCUUCGAUGAAACGACCAAAGAAUCGACGGCAUAG